AUGUCUCUCGGAAAUGGAUUGGCGUUGUUUGACACUUUGCGGAAAGCUGCACGUGUCGUAUGGUUGUACUUUGUCACAACAGUUCAACAUAUCGACCGAGAUCUCAAGCCUUACAUUUGCCUGUUUGAGGAGUGUUCAGAUGGACAUUCGGCAUAUCCAACAUUCAACGAGUGGUGCAGGCACAUGAAACUUCACGAUUCGCGAUGGCAUCAAAAGAUCUAUUUAACGCCUAACUGGGUAUGCCCCCUCUGUGCAGUCUCCGAAAACGUUUAUAAUAGCCCACAAGCCCUCUACUUGCAUCUGACUGGAUCUCAUGCUUUGGAGAUUGAUGGCGAGGAUUUAAAUGACGACUUCAAAAGCAAUUCUGUCGACAUUGAUGAGGAAAAUACACGCAGUUUCAUCUCAAAAGACACUGAUCUAGGAAGAUCGUCCCAUCAAAGCUCUUUGAGAGAUGUAACUAUGGAGGAUAUUGAUGGUGAGAAAGCUAUGCGACCCUGCAAAACUCAAACUGCCCCUACUUCUCAACAGGGAGGAAGUCCCUCUCAGUUGGAUAGAAGCACAGCUGUGCCUUCUCGUCUUUCCAACAUCGCCCCCAGACCCCCUCAGCCUGCUCUAGGCUCCAACACGCCUCCGCCUGUUCUCCCGGUUAUUCAGCUCCAAGCUGAUGCUACUGCUUCGAAUUCUCAGCCGCCAUCUCAACUUGCCCUCGAGAAUAAAUCAGAUACGGGCGAUGAAGGCACUUUCUCUCCUGAUAUCAGCGGUACUCUAAUGGCCACAAAGACAGCUUCUCUUUCUCCACCCGAGGGAGAUGCAAUCUUAAAUGAUAAGGUUGACUUCGCGCGUUCCACUAAGGAUUCUACGACAGUCCCUGAUGGUUUCGGCACAAAUGCAAUUUCGCCAAAGUCUCCAAGACGUGCAAACUUGGGUAAAAGUCUGACCCUCGCGCCUUGGCAAGACGACUCCGCAGUCCAGGAUGGGUUUGAUCCAAAGCCAGAACCAGAAUCAGCUUCACCAUCUGGGGAACGGCCUAAAACUUACCCAUUGACAAAAUUCCCUGGCUACGAUUUUUUCGAGGCGAUUGACAAGGGGGAUAUACCCACUAUUGAAAGACUACUGGAGAACGGUGCUGAUUUGGAGGUAGCAGAUGAAUUUGGCCGUACACCCCUUUGGCGCGCACCUGAGGCUAGGGAUAUGAUCCAAGAUGAUAAACCGAGGGUGAGCGCGAGAUGGACAAACCCGAUCACAGAGGCCUUUGACAAAAUGGUCAAUUCAUUGUCGUUGAAUUAUUUCUUGGAGGAGUUGAUAUGAGGCACAAG